AUGCAGAACUGUGAAGUACUGUUGAUUCGUCCCCCUCCUCCCCCUUCCCCCUCGCCUCCUCCUAAGGGCCAUCCAGCCCUCCUCCCCCUUCCCCCUCGCCUCCUCCUCCUAAGGGCCAUCCAGCCCUCCUCCCCUGUCCCCUCGCUUCCUCCUCCUAAAGGGCCAUCCAGCCAUCUUCCCCCUUCCCCCUCGCUUCAUCUUGCUAAGGGCCAACCAGCCCUCCUCCCCCUUCCCCCUCGCUUCCUCCUCCUAAGGGCCAUCCAGCCCUCCUCCCCCUUCCCCCUCGCUUCCUCCUCCUCCCCCUUCCCCUCGCUUCCUCCUCCUAAGGGCCAUCCAGCCCUCCUCCCCCUUCCCCCUCGCUUCCUCCUCCUAAGGGCCAUUCAGCCCUCCUCCCCCUUCCCCCUCGCCUCCUCCUCCUAA